CUACCAUCAACAACGACCUCUGCUCUUGUGACGCCCAUCAACAACCAUCGCGGCGCCUCUAAUAUUCUUUAUCGACUUGUCUUAUUUGUAACUUCAAGAGCUUCGAGGCGUUUGGCUGUCUAUAUUACACUUAACACAACCCCCGAGUACCGUUCAGGUACCGAAAGCCAAGUCACUUCACCCCAGCUUCAACUGCCGCGGUCUGGUUGCCCUGGUCUCAAACACAUCCGGGCCAUCGCCCCUAAAUAUGAAUGACUCGAUAUGCGCAGCCUGAUUCGGCUGGCGACUCUCGGCGAUCUCCUCGCGACAGAUCACCAGCUCGCCACAGCGACCAGCGCGAUGGAGGACAAUUCAAUGGACCAGCCCGUGGAGUAGAAAACAACUACCGCCCCGGUCUCGACAGUCGAAGCAAUAGCAACUUCUCGCCCCGCGACAACUAUCGCGAUUCGAGUCGUGGCUCUAUGAGAGACUUCCCGAGUCGAGAACCCCCUCGAGGCCCAAAGGCACUUGGCGACAAUAUCCCUAGCGGACCACGCGUCAACAGCUUCUCUGGUGACUUCAGAGGCCGUGGACGAGGACGCGGACGUGGGUGGCGAGACGAUAGCCGCGAUAGAGGCCCACGCGACAUCGAUCGCGACUUCCGCGACAGACGAGACGAUAGAGGGCCGCCACCGCCAUUUCGUGAUGAAAGGAGUCACGACAGGGAAUGGGAGGACCGGGAUAGACUUGAUCGAGAUAGGCGCGACAGCUUCCGAGGCGGUCGCGCUUCGAAGAUUCGCCCCAGCUCUCCUCGAGGGAGACCACGGUCACCUGUCCGGAAUGAUUCCCGUGAUGCGACAAGGGGUCGCGGGCGUGGUCGCGACGACUGGGAACCUCGUGCUGGAAGAGGGCGCGGCAUGUACUUUGAUGGCCGUGGCGAGCCUCGGGGACGUCGCAGCCGUUCACCGGAGCGUGGCGACCGACCUCGCCAGGACCGUCCGGCGGACUCUUGGGACAAAACAUACCCACAGAGGCCCACUUCUUCAGUCUCAGUAUCGCAAACACGAGAGAAUCCUUCGCCUCCUCCGCAGGCACCCGAGGUGCCGGCUUUUGGAUCAGUUAUCAGUGGCACGGGCGGCGGGCAAACGGCGGUGGGAUCAGCUCCAGUCGCAAUACCAACUGGCCCACGAAGUGAGAGACCCCCUGCCUCGCAUGGCGGGCGCCAAGAAUACCCAGGGAGCAUACAGUGGACUAACCCAAAAUUUGUAGCUGCACCUUCAAAGCCUGAUGCAGCGACCACAUCGCCCGUUGAUAGGAAGGCGGAGGAGCAGCAAAAGUUUGCAUCUUCAGAACCACCAAAGGAUGUAUCAAAUGAUGUUGUUGAAAAGCGCGAGCCAGAAGCUCCCACAGGUGACGAUUCAACUAUGAUGGAGGCGGGCGAAGUGGACGAAUCACCCAAAGUGGAAGAGGUAACAACGCUGACAUGGAGACCACCAACAAACUACGUAACUCCAGAAGACGAGGCAUCUGACUCCGAUAUUGACGAUGAUUAUUUCGAGGACGAGAUUUCGAAAGUGAAGAGCCAGCUUAGCCAGGGCGUUGCCAAGAACACCGUCGAAAUCUUCGAAUCAGUUUCCAUUCCAUUCAAUAACAUGUCACAACUACGGUCACCAGUUCCUCCACCCGCUCCCCCAGAGCCAUCGCCAUCUAUUGAAGCAAAGGAGAAUGUUCCGGUAAAGACGACGGAUGCGCCGACCCCUAUGGCAUUAGACGAUGUUCCUGUUAUCAGCGCAGAUGUUGAGGUGCCCGCCGCUAUCUUGCCGCCAGUCGCGAAAAAGUCUCCCGAGGUUUCCACCCCGUUAUUCGAGCUGGAAAACCUUGCUUUGGAUGUUAAGCCGGUAACUCAACCAGAAGAAAUCGAACCAGUCGAAGACAGCAUCAUGACUGAGCCAAUGCUGGAAGUAGUCAGAAAGAGAAUGGCGACGCCCCCCAUCGCAGAUUUACCAUUCGCAGUCACUACCCCCUGGCAACAAGAAACAGGUUUCUUGAAAGGGAUCGAAUCGGAUCCUGAUGUGAUGGAUUUCCUAGUUGCAAGCCUCACCAUGAAAGCCGACAUGCGCGACAGGGAGAUCGAAGAGAAUUCGCAGAUAUACAAGCAAAAGUAUAAGGAUUGGAUCGACUUUCACAGAUCUGAUAAUCCGCUUGCAGUUCGGUGCCGGGAAAGGUGGGAAGCCAACAGAGCUGCAGAAGUAAGCCGUGCUGCCAGCGCUCAGCCGGCUGAAAGCAGAACCGAGGGCCGACGGGCUGUGAGCAGAUUUGCUACGGAACGUGAUAUCGAGAGGCUGCUGAGACAGUCGGAGAUUGAGGCGACUGAGCAACGCAAGCGCCAGGAUCGUGCUGCUAAGGCAAAGGCCGCCAGCGAGAAGGAAGCCGGUAUUCCCGAUAUGCUAAGUAUAGAGGAACGAGAAGCCACCCGCUAUGGUGACUAUACAAAUCUGGUCGCUUCUGACCGCGCAUUGGCUAUGUUCGAAGUCCUGCCCCCUAUUGCCGAUUUCACAGAGUGGGAAAGAGAAACCUUCGAGAAAACCAUGUUAGAUUACCCAAAACAAUGGGGCAAGAUCGCAGAAGCGUUGCCGGGACGGAAUUACAAGCAUUGCAUUCAGUACUAUUAUCUUGUCAAGCAUGAGCUGAAGCUCAAAGAAAAGCUGAAGAAGCAAAUCAGGGGCAAAGGCAGGAAGCGCAAGCCUAAGACGAGUGUGCACACGGUUGCCCUUGGGCGAGAGGAGGUCGAAGAAGAACCCACUGAGGGGACAACUGACCGUCGCCGGCCAAGAAGAGCAGCCGCGCCUAUCUUUGGUGGUGCCGAAACUGCCCCAAGCGAGUCCGAUACUACUCCAGCACCAACACCUGCGAGGCGCGGUGCUGCGACUCCAAAAGAGGGCGAGCCUACGACUACUGGAAAACGCAAGGGGAAGGCGUCUGGUACCCGCGAAAAGGCCACGAAGCAGCCAAAGAAUAACCAACUGCUGGCCGCUGCUCCUAAUGCCGCCCCAAAGAACCAGGAGACGAAGGUUCCACAUGCUAUGCCAAUAAUUAAGGAGUGGCAGCAGCCAAUUGUUCCGCCUCCCGAGCCCGUCCGAUUCACUAGCCAAAUUGCUCCGUGGGAUGGACCGGCACCAAUACUCCCUCCCUAUGUCCCGCCAAGUGUCGUGGCCGAGAAACCAACAGCACCAAUUCCUUCUGGGCACGAUGUUGUCCCCCAGGGCUACCCUGUCCCGGAGCACGUUGGAGCGUUACCGCCAGGAUCAGCAUACAACCCAGACCCCCAGAAUCAGCGGAAUACAGCUGCGCCAACAUCAAGUUAUUGGAGUGUUCCUGAACAGAACGACUUUCCAAUGCUCAUUGAAUACUAUGGGACUGAUUGGCACGGGAUUGCAAAGUGGAUGGCUUCCAAGACCCAUAUUAUGGUUAAGAAUUAUUAUCAACGUCAGAUUGACUCCGGGAGAUCCGAUUUGGAGGAGAUGGCUCGGGUUGCUGAUGACAAACGAGCUAGAGGAGAAAAUCUAGGUCCCCCACCUGCCCAGACUAACCAUCCCAUCAAAAGAAAAUACGAUGGCCCUUCUGGAUCGCCUCAGCGCCCCCUUGGCCUCACUUCCAUGGAUGAUAUGGACGAGAUGUAUCUUGGUGGACAGUUACCUCCGCAGACAUCUACGGGCAUGCUAUUCACAGGAGGAAUGCCCCCAAACCGAUACGAUGGAUUUACGAAUCCGAUUGGCAGGCCAAGCAGUUCCAUUAGCACAUUUGAACAAGACGAGAAACCCCCAACUUCGCAUGCCUUGCCUGGGCAGCAUGCACCGUCGCCACAACCAGGAGGCCCACGAUAUGCCCCUCUGGCUCAAGCAGGCUCUAUUUCUCAGGCGUCAAAUGCUCCUUCUCGGUCGGUCACUGCUCCUAGUAAGCACCUACCACAAGCACAGCAAAUUGUGCAGCAAAUGCAGCAGCAACGCCCGCCACGAGGACCGACGCUUGGUUAUUUCAAUAGCGACACCAAUAGACCUAUUGUACGAGCAUCAUCUAUUUCAAAUCCGUCUCCUCAGCCAAUUCCUGCUCCCGACCAAGCUAGAACCACAUCGCGAUCCCACCUGGUUGCACAAGAAGCCCAGGCCGAAAGGCAGCAAGCUCUGCGCUUGGAAGAGGAGCAACGCCUGCAGACCCGCCAGCAACAGUACAGGAUGAAGCAAGAAACCGAUGUGCCGGGUACGACUCAGUUCGAACAGUACCCCCAACAAAUACCACAGCACCAGCAACGUGGCCCUCCGAUGCAUGCACGCACCGAAGCAAUGUCACCUGUUCGCGCUGAGGAUAGUAGACGUGCAAAUAUUGGCCAAUACCCUCCACGAAACUUUCAGCCAUCACGAAAUGCACUUGGUGAUUUGAAAGCUAGCACAGGACCAUCGACUCCAACUUCGUUAGCAUCGCCAGGGUCCUCUCGAGGUGCCCCAAUUGCACCACCAACCCAUCAACAUUCCCCCCCAGUUCACCAGCAGCCUCCAUCAGCACCUCCGCCACAGCCACAGCCUGUUGCGGCUAUUCGUCAACAAGAGACUGUCCGGAAGACAUCCAGCAUUAUGUCAUUACUUAACGAUGAACCAAGCGAACCAGUAGCUUCAAAACAUGCUCCCGAACCGCAGUCGGCAAUGAAACCCUCCCCGUCACCUGCUCCGCAUCAGCCGAUGUAUCAACCGCGCCAAGCAGCGCCACCACCGACGCAGCACCUUCGACGAGAGUCAUCAUUGACUGAUAUUCGCGGAAAGGCACCACCCCAGUCGACACGCCCUCCUAGCACGGCACAACCACCAGCUAUCAGGCACAAUGACAUGGCAUACUCUCCUAUCAUCUCAAAUCAGAAUCAGCCACAGUCAAGGCAACAUGUUGGCUCUCCGUUAGAUUCAACUGCGCCUGAUCGCGGCGAGUAUUAUGCCCAUCAGCAAUACAUGAUGCAACAGCAACAGCAACAGCAGCACCAGCAGCCUCCAACCAGCUCGCCGCAGACGCCAAUUCCCUACCAACCUCAACAAUCCCAACAGCCUCCCCAGCAAUCUCAACCACCUCAGCACCCAAGCCAUCGUCAAAUGGCGUUUGGUACAUCUAGCCACCGUUCUGCGUCUCCCAGUGUGGGAUACUCUCAUACCUCCCAUCACGGAUCUAGACACGGUAGUUUUGAUGCCCGACAGCAACAAGGGCCUCCUCCGACGUCAACGCAGGGCCCGCAACAACCGGGUUAUGGCACUGCCCAACAUCCAGGACCAGCUAUGUCACCUCCAUACCAGCAACAGGCACCCCAGCAACACUCGCUUCAGCCCCCGCGCUAUAUCAGCCAACCUCCUUCGUCGUCUCAAGCCCGAGCCUCUCCCCUCGGACAGCACAGCGCGCAAGCCCAGCAGAUGCCGCCACAAGCUGCUCAGCACGCAUAUGGCCAACUGCCGCCUCAUCGUGCUCAACAACCUAGCCCCGCACCAGCUGCGCAAAGGUCGUAUACCCCCGUUUCGUAUGACCGACACCCGGGACCGUAUGCACCGCCGCCUCCGCAACAGCCACAGCCGGAUAGGUUGACUCUCCAACAGCAGAGGCAGGAAGAGGAGGCGAUGCUUAGACGACAGCCGAUGAGGGAUGGGUAUGGUGGGCCUGGUCCUGUGAUUGAUCGGAGGGCCGAAGAGGCGUACCAGCGGGACUUGGAGGAGAGGAGGUUGAUGGAGGGGAGAAGGGUGAUGGAAGAGAGGAGAGAAAUGGAUGAGAGAAGACAUCAGGAUGAGAGAAGACAGUUGGGUGACCAUAGACAGUUGGAUGAGCGGAUGCUAGAAGAGAGGAGGAUGAUGGACGAGAGGAGACAGAUGGAACAACAGAGACGACAUAUGGAUGACCGGGAUUUCAGGCGGCAAUAA